AUGUCUGGGGGUUGUCCUUAUAUGUCUUCCCCUGUGAAGGUGGGGGAAGGAGCACGGGGGUCAGCCAAUCGCAUGUUUAUGGUGUGUGCAAAAUUAUUGGCCCGUGAUGGUUUCCAAGUUGACAGGGCCUGCAGACCAACGAUGCUACAUUAUCGUAGUACAUUGCUUCAUGCAUUGACAACAUUCACAUUUUCACCGUUAUUGAUAUUUGGUAGCCGUGAAGAGAAGCAAAAUAUUGUUCUAGAGUUAUUUGGAAAUUUUGAAGAGGAUCAGAGCCAUCCAGUGACUUCUGUUUUUGUUCAAAUCCAAUCACGUCACAUUGAAUUCUACUCAGCUGCAAUCGGAAUUUAUGCCCAUUUAUCCGGGCUACGUUAUUUGAUGUUUCAUUGGCCCAUCUUGUCAGCUAUUGUAGGCAUCAGCACAAAUUUAUUUUUCAUAGCACUCGUGUGCAUACUAUCGUAUUUGCGUUUCGCUUACGAGGACGAUUUGCAAAGCGACCAAUUCGGAUACGAGAGAGGAGCAAUUGAAGAAAUUCCACGGAAAAGUACGGCUGAUGAAUCAUCAGAAUCUUCAUCUAUUGAAGAUGCAUCCAUGCUGGAGGAAGUAGGAAAAUCACGGCGCGGAUCUCUGGCAUUAACGGCUCCGAUAAUACACCAGCCCAGUGAUCCACAGGCGACCGACGUAGAAUUAUGAAAAUGAGGCAAAUUUUCUCAUAAUUAUUUUCCUUCUGGUAUGAGUGGUACAUUUCGUGAAGUGAUAUAUUAUUCUUAAUUUUUGUACAUUUGUGCUACUAAUUAAAUUUCCUAAUGCCCAAU